CAAUAUUCACGAGAUACAACUUGCCCAUAGUAGGGUUGGAAAAGGGUGCUACGUGAUGUGGCGCAGCGCGCUUCCUGUCUGCGUUUAGCCCAGAGAUAUACAUCUAUCCCCGGAGUUCACUGCAGCGUUUGUCCCCGGAGCCGGACGGUUAAAACACACAUAUUUCCAAUCAUGUCUGUGAACCUGAGCAAAAACGGCCCGACCCUCACCGGGGCCUAUAACGAGGUGGUGGAUGAGAAAUCGAACACUAACUGGGUCCUCUUCACAUAUGAGGGCAACACCAAUGACAUCCGACUGGCAGAAAAAGGAGAUGGUGGUCUGGAGGAGAUGGUCGAGGAGCUGAACAGCGGGAAGGUCAUGUACGGUUUCUGUCGUGUACAAGACCCCAAUUCUGGUCUUCCCAAAUACGUCCUCAUCAACUGGACUGGGGAGGGUGUUAAAGAUGCUAGAAAAGGACAGUGUGCAAACCAUGUGAGCACCAUGGGAAACUUUCUUAAGGGAGCUCACGUGACGAUAAACGCACGUGCGGAGGAAGACGUGGAGCCUGAUGCCAUCAUGCAGAAAGUGGGGAAAGCCUCAGGAGCUAACUACAGCUUUCACAAAGAGUCUAAUCGCUUCAGAGACACCGGACCCCAGGGGCCUGUGGGAUCAGUGUACCAGAAGACUAACGCCAUGUCGGAAAUCAAAAAGAUCAACAAAGACAAUUUCUGGGCCCAAACGGAGAAAGACGAGGAGAAACGUCUUCAGGAGGAGAAGAAGAAGGGAGAGCAGGAGAGACAGAGGGUGGAGAAGGAAAGAAAGGACAGAGAGAUGAAGGAGGCAGAGUUACGGGAUAGGAAAGCUAAAGAGAGAGCAUCACAGAUUGACCAACAGAGGAAGUACCAAGAGCAGCAAGAGGUGGACACUCAAGCCCAAGAGAAACAGCAGUGGGAGGAGCAGAAGAGGGAGGUGACCGCACAGCAGAAACCCUUUAAACGCGGAGAAUCGGUGGAAAAAGCUAACGCGGCGGCGUCUCUCAUCUCCCAGCGCUCCGUUAAUCCCAGAGAAAUGUUCAAACAGAGAGAGAUGGGUAUCAACCCGACAAACACAGACAACUCUCCAUCCAGUCCAAAACCAGGGCGGUUGAACAGCCCUUUUCUGUCCAAGCAGUCAUGUGAUCCAGAGCCAUUGCGUUCUCCUGUGCGUCAGGCCUCGCCCUUACGAGCCAGAGAACCCAGUUUUGAGGAACAGCCCAGAUCUCAGUAUGUGGAACCUGAACCUGAACCUAAACCUGAACCUGAAUCUAAACCAGAACCUGAACCUGAACCUGAGCCUGAGCCUGAGCCAGAAUAUGAAGAUGUUCAAGUAGCCACUGGUCAUUAUGAAACACACAUAGAGUCUUACGAGGGGAAUGUGGAACCAGACAACAUCUAUGAAGAGCCAGCACCGGUGGAGGAACAGAACACGUAUGAUCAGGCUGGUGACCGCGGUGUUUGUGCCAAGGCUCUGUAUGACUACCAGGCUGCUGAUGACACCGAGAUCUCAUUUGACCCUGAUAAUAUCAUCACCAGCAUUGAGAUGAUCGAUGAAGGGUGGUGGCGAGGAUACGGUCCGGAUGGGCAUUUUGGAAUGUUUCCGUCCAAUUACGUUGAACUUAUCUAACACAGCUCAACCUAUCCCGCACCCUCCAUCGGAGUCGGCCUGGCAUUGAUUUGUCCUGCGCAGACUCAACAGAUCUCGGGUGCUUUGAGCAAAAUUGGAUCGGUAUAUUUGAUUGGAAAGACUGAAACUAAAAUCAUGGACCAAAAGAGUUGUAAUCUUGUGAUCGGGGUUAUUUAAACUCUUGAAAGUGAUAUUCUGUAUACUGUAAUGGUAGUUGUCUUUUGUUCGUAUUAUUUCAUGUCAAGCUGUCCAUUAAUUUCACAAAACAAUACUGAUGCUCGCAGACACCCUCAACAGAGACGACCCAAUAGUUGCAGGAAUCCUUGUAAUAUGAACUGGAUGAAAGUCAUGCUUGUGAUGAUGUUCCCGUCACAUCUUUUUAGACUGAACCUGUGUGCAGUGUUUCUUUUUAGCUUUUCAAACAUUAAGAUUUCAACAUAAUAAAUGAAACAUUUUUCUGUUUUAGAGAUGUUCAGCGCAGCUAAGUUUGUAGUAGUUUGAACGUAAUGGUCCUGUUUUGCCUUGAUUUUUAUCUCCACAAGACUGGGUUGGACUGCCUUUAUUUUUUUCCACGAUGUCUUGGUACAGUGUUUAAUGAGAAAUAGACCUGACAAGUUAAUUUGCUGUUUCCUAUAAGUCCGCUUUGGUUUUGAUGGCAUAAUCACCAUAACCGCUGUUAAGAAUCAGCGUGGGUUGAACAUUUCUUUAAGACUUGUAUACUACAGCUUUCCUGUCUACUCGGAAAUGUGGAGAAUAUUAAUACUGUGAUUUUUAGGUUUCAGGGAUCCUUCGUUCUGUCAUGUUACUGCCUUGGGGUCUCGGGUUGGGUCUGUAUUACCCGUGUGACGCCUCUAUGCCGAGUAUUUGAGUGGAUGCGCCAAAACUCGAAUAAAAUCACUUCAGUUUUUUUCCCACCUUUUCAUUUUUAUUAAUCAUGUACUUGUGUAUAAUGUCAGUGGGGAGAGUAUUUUUGUGGAGAUUUUCAAGGUUUAUUUUAAUAAAGACCCAUAUGGAAACAUACAAAGAUCAUAAAGUCGUUUGACAGUGUGGUGUUAGACACGUCAUUGUGAAUAUCUAACAAGUCUGAACAAUGUUGUUACUUCCAUUAAAAGAAUAAAUUAAAGAGUUUUAAAAUGGAACGAAAA